AUGAGUGACGCCGAUGGGAGUCAAACCAAGAAUGGCGAGACGAAUGGAGCUGGGCAGAGGCAAACGGAGAAUACUUUGAACGUGGACGAUAGAUGGAAACCAUAUGAUACUCCAAGGAUACGGCAUAUCACUGGGAUUCGGAUUCACCAACUGACCCUCCCGGAAUCACUCUCAUACGCAUCCAAGCUGGUACCCUCGUCUCAUGCUGAACAAGAAGAUGAGGGAUAUCCUUUAUCGCCUUUAGGUAUCGGAGAAAGCUCUAAACGGAGGUCAAGCAAUGCAUCGACGACCUCGUACCCUUUCCCAAGAAGAUCAUUAGAAUUGGACAAAAGAGAACGUUCAUCUUCCACAUCUACCGCUCGACCCAUUGAACCUCCUUCUCCGACUGUAUCGCUACAUCAUACCCUCCCUAGAACGAGAGUCACUAGACCCAGAGCACCAACGCUGGCUGGAGAGGCUAUUGAACAUUCUCAACUUCACCAUCAUGACGAGGGUCUAAGCCUAAGUAGAGAUGAAGGUCAAAUACAGGAUCAGGUGCGGGAACAACGUAAACCCCUUAGAUGCUUCAUCGCUCUUAAACUACCUUCGAAGGAUCCACAAGGUUUAGAUGGACUGAACAAGGUGGAAGAGGAUAUGCGGCGAAGAACGAAGAGUGAUGAGCGGGAUCUGAGAUCGACUGGACUAACUAUAAGAAAAGUAUCAAGGACCAAUUCGUCCGACUCUCAUUCUGUACCUACCACUCCAACGAAACCGUCCAUUCGACAACGUAUAUCAAGUUCUUCCUCAUCUUCAAUCGAGAUACCUCGUCAACGGACUAUAUCCCUUACUUCGCCUUCGAAACCCAAUGGGUCGAAUGAGAAUGGUGAUUUACGAACAGGCUCUUCAUUGAGCUAUCAUUCCUUGGGAAGAACAUCGUCGAGACUAAGCGAUAGUAGUUCUGUUCAUUCGGUGAUGAGAUCACCACCUGGUAUGCUUAGAGGAGGGGGUAAAUCAAAAGCUAGUUUGGGGAUAAGUCAUCAGUUUGCCCAUUCUCAGAAUCAGGUGGAUUUUUCACCCACAAAAUCCGAUUUUGGCAAGGAAAACGAUCAUGACGAGAUGAAGGAUAAGCCUACUUCUCCAUCGAGCAAAGUGAACGGGAAGAAUAAGAAUGAUAAAUUGAUCAAAAAACAGAAAGAGAAAGAGAAACAAGUUGAAAUCCCAUUUUACAUCUCACCUAUACAUCCACCUUCGACCCACCCACGGUUUAUGGGUUUAGAUCAUCUCAACGAUUUCGGAAAUUGGUUAUCCCCUUUACAACUCUCAUCCGAAACCUUUGUCUUAGAACUAUGGAUCGAUCUGUCCGAGUCCAAGACACCGUUUGACAGAGGUAGAUGGAGAAAGGUCGAAUUGGGUGUGGUAAAUUUGAAAGAAUUGAGGAGAGGUUCUACGAAACAGGUGAUCAAUGGGAUUGAAUUUACCUUGUCUCACGAUUCGAAAGAAGUUUACCAUAUACCCACCCCGGAGGAACUGGAGGAAGAAGCGAAAAAUGGACAUACAUCGAGUAAGAAAAGGAUGGGAGUGAUUGAGAGGAGUUUGAGAGAAACCCGGAUGAAGAAAGGGAUUGGUGUUGGCGGUCUACAUCAGUUGAUUAACCUUCAAGCUGUCAUUGCUGAUACGGAACGAAGUAUCGAGGAAGUACGCUGGAAAGUUGAUCAGAUGCUUCUGAAGGAUGCCGACGGGAGGUGUCUUGGCCGGGAAGUAUCAGAAAGGCAGUCGAGAGUGGAAUGGUUCCGAUCGAAAAUCAGCGAAGUGGAGAAAUUGACAAGAGAGACUCAAGCUCGUACCACGCUCAAACAACAGGAUAUUGAUAUACGACGAGAUCAUCUAGAGGGCGCAGAAGAGGCCGACGAGCUGUGGAGAGGUAGGGGAAGGGACCUUGAAGAUGAGAUAGGGAAGAUUGAGACCAAACGACUAUCCCUCUUACCCCAAAUCCAUUCCCUCAGAGCCCAUCAUAUCCAAACACUCGACGUGCUAUUCCCCAUCCAGCCGCUCGAUCCCUCUCAAUUGCUUUACACCAUCCUCAAUGUACCUCUUCCAAUCCCCUUAGGACCUAAAGAUCCCGCUCCUCCACUCACAAUGGCGCAGCAUAAAGUCGAUGAGAAAACUACAGCUGCCGCUCUGGGAUACGUAGCUAUGAUCGUUCAGAUACUGGGUAAUCUAGGUGGGGCGACGGGCGGACUGCCUUAUGCUAUCACUUGUGCGGGGUCGAGGAGUAGUGUGAGGGAUGGAACUGGGGUGAUGCAGGGUCCUAGAUCAUUUCCAUUAUAUGCUAAAGGCGUUGAAAGGUUUAGAUAUGAAUAUGCCGUUUUUCUACUAAACAUGAAUAUACAAAUGCUUAUGCAGGAAUCUUCAAUCCGAUCACUCGAUGUUCGCCAUACGUUACCCAACUUGAAGAAUUUGUUAUUAACCUUAUCUUCACCAAAUCUACCACAACGAUCAACCGCGAGUCGAGUAGUAUCAUAUCGAUCUACAACACCUACUAUGUGGAGUAGGACUUCGUCGGCAGCUUGGCCUGGAAAACAAAGUUCAUUAUCUCCCAGUAGCACAAGUGCACAUUCCACUUCGAACCACAGUCCAUAUAAGGCGAAUUUGCUUAGUCCGAGUCCACUGAGGACGAUUCGGAGGGAAGGGGUGAAAGGGAAGUAUGGGGAUAUACGGAAGGGCAUUGAUUUGGGAAGUGAUGAUGAUAGUGGAGGUGACGAUGAGACAAACACAGAUAUUGGGGAAAGGGAGGAAUCAGUCAUAGAUGAACUUGGUGCAUAG